AAUGCAUGCAGAUUCAUUUCUAACCACCAAAUAUACUAGUUUUAACCGUUCUUUGCACAAAACUAGAUCUUAUUCCUUUUAACAACAUUCAGUAGAUAAUGCUCGUCCUAAUCUCAAUUAAAAGAAAGAAAUUGAAAAUAAUAGAUAAUAACAUCAUAGUGUCAAUUAUUUAUAAUAAAUCCCUCAGAAUAUCUAAAUCAUAGCUCUCUUUUAAAAACCAAUUAUUGAGUAACUAUUAUUGAGAUAAUCUGAUUUAUAUUUGAAAUGUAAAUGAUUAUUUAGUAUAACUAUAGAAUUUAAGAUCUAAUUAAGUUUAAUCCUUGAUUAAGGUAAUUUGUAAUAAUUUUAGGCACUAAUCUGUAUGACUGCAGAUAUUUUACUAAAAAUUAAGGAUUUUAAUAAUGCCUGUUAUUACUAUAAUUAAUAUGUAAAUUUAAUAUAAUAUUUGAGAGAAUUUUAAAUACUUUAACAAAAAAUCACUCAGAAAAAGCAGUAUCUUUUAUUGGAUUAGCUAAUUGUGCAACAGAAGUUAAAAUGAAUAAAGAGGCAUUAUUAUUAUUGAAAAAAGCACUUUAAUAUUCAUGGUUAUGUAAAGAACAUGAAAUUUAAAUAUAUGAAAGAAUGGCUAUAAACUAUUAUUAUUUAGGAUAAAUUGAAGAUUAAUUAUAUUUCCAUGAAAGAGGAUUACUUGGUGUAUUUGAAGCUGAAGAUUCACCAAUAAAAAAAUUCAGUUGUGAAGCUUUAAGAGAUUAAUUAAGAAAAAAUGUUAUUGAAAUUAAAUCUCUUUGUCCUUAAUUAUUGAAUUAUUUGAAUCUUCCUAUUUUAAGUGAAAAUGAAUUAAAUAAUAAAAACCCAAAUUGUAUGAGAAGAUUUCAUACUAAAAAAUAGAUUAUAUACACAGCUUAAGAAUAAAUAGAAGUUAUUCUAAGAAAUUGUGAUGAAUUUUAAUUUCAAAUUAAUACUCCAAGAUAUUAAAGAUUAAUUUAAUAUGAACCUUAAAAAAAAUAAACUGAGGAAUUUCGUCACCCUUUGGUUACUAAAACAUCAUAUUCCAAAGAAAAAAGAGUUUAUGAUAUUACAGAUUCAACUAUUUAUAAAUUACCUUUUGAAGUUUAAGUAAAUAAUAGAAUUGAACAUCCUUAUAUAUUUGAAGACAUAAAUUCUAAGAUGUAUAAAUAAUUAAGAACAAGAAAUCCUAAUAAAAAAUUUGGUUUGAGAAAUAAAGUUCUUUUAAAUCAUUAAAAUAGAGAAGAUUUUCAUUAUUAGAAGAAUGGAGCCUGUCUUUAUAGAUAGAUUUAAGCUAUUUUUAAGAAAUAUGCAUAUUUAUUUACUUGA